UGAAAUACGGAUUGUUUUCAUUCACCAGUCACUGCUGUUAAGUCUUAUUUGUGUAAUCGUAGUAUGUUGUGUUUGAUGCUUUACGUAUGUUGACUCAUCAUACUGUAAAUAAUUGAAUAGAUGACGUAAACAGUGCUGUACAGGUUGUCGUGUCAAGUGGUAGGCAAUGGAAGUGCAAGGCAUCAGAAGUCCAUCAGUUGAAACGUGGGAUGGAGACUCAGCUGAUGUUGAGGAUGAUGAAUCUGUAAUAACAAGAAGAAUCAGUAGGAAUUCUGGAGAUCCUGUUUGCACAAAUGAAAGUGUUAUCCUUCGACAUGAUCGUGCGUGGAAGACAAUUAAUGAACCAGUGAAAACAAUAUAUAAAAACCUAGAUAAAAAUCAAGCUCAUGUAAAGUCAUUUUUGAAGUACCUGCUUGACAACAAAAAGAAUCUUGUGAAGUAUUUUGUUCCUAAUCAAAAAUGUUGUAAGGAGCACUAUUCUGCUAUGGUUAAAAACUGUUCAGUGUUCAAUAUGUGGAUGUUUGGAAGACUCUUCCAUAUGUUGGGGCAACCAAGGUUAUCUAUAAUUCACAAGCUGAUUGUAACUAGUCAGAUCGAAAUACUUGAUAUGCUUGUGGCAGAACAUCCUGCUCUUGCCAUGGAAUUGGUGCAGGAAUAUAUCUUUUGUCUCCAAGAUAUCACUGAAGCACUGGGAGCAGAAGGAACGUUGAAAAAACAAUUUGAACUGAGAAGAUUUAUUCCUGAAGGGGAAACAAUUGAUGGCAUUGACCUUGAUUUGUCACCAUGUUUUAUACAUUUGUCGAGUUCUGAAGGUUGCGCAAAUUUGCAGUGUUACUUGUUGGAGCUUCUGAAAUCAAUGACAACUGGGUUUGAACCACAUCCUCACACUGUUCAUUCAAGCCUGUUACCUUUAGUACUGGACUUGCUGAGAACUGGAACAGUUCCUGUGCAGAUGAAAGCUUUUGAAUUUGCAGCUGAUGUGUACAAAGUCAGGCCAUUUUCAGAAUAUAUAAGUGAAAGCAACCAGAUCACAUUUUAUAAGUUUCUGGAGAAGAUAUGUGUAGCUUGUCACACUUUUGAUUUACCUGAGGCACCUUAUGGACAGUUGAAAAGUGCAGUGAAGACGUUACUAGAGGAAAUUGCAGAAAAUGUUCACCUUUAUCCUGAUCUGGACAGAGAUUUCAUAAAGGUCACUGUAAUAAAUAUUGUGCUUCAAGAAUUAUCACAUGCUUUGUCAGAUAUUGUGUCAGAAACCCUGAACAAUAUUAUUAGAAAAAUACUUGGACGCACAUUCCAAUGGAAGCUGGAAAGACAUUUUAUAGAAGAGAUUGCAGGGAAACUAGAUUCUUGUAAAUAUGGGAGGGCUAUUAUUGUAUGCUGCAUUGUUAAAGAAUUGGCAGAGAUGCCUGACUACCAGAAUAACACUAUAUAUUUGGAUGAAAGCCGCAAAAGUGUACUAGGACAUUUUGAAAUGCAAAAAAAAUUACUCCGGAAUGAGUCUCUACAGAAACCAAGGAUAUUAGCUGCAAUGGGAAGCAGAACGUGGUCAUCACUGCUUAAGCGUCUGGAGUCAACUCUGAAGGAUUUAUGUGAGGAGGAACAUCUAGUUACAGAUUCACAGACUUUAAAUGCUGUUGUGCAUCUUAAAUUUGCUCACAUUAUUACAGCAUGUGCUGCAGAGGUGGGCGAACACUUACAUGGCAUCUACUUGGAUGUUGGAGAGAUUAUUUUCUAUGGAGAAAGGUUGAAAUCUGUGGUUGAUGGCAUGGUCCACGUUGCACUGCUUGUUCGCAGUUGUCCAUCUGUUCAAGCACAGAAAUUACUUGAAGUGCUGGUGGAAAUGGCAGGCUGCUUAAUGCGUAUUCCUGAGAGAUUUGAUGAGGAAAGUAUGUGCACAUUGGGUGGCAUUCUUGCUGCUCCAUGGCUGCAACAGAGAGCUGUGAUGGAAUUGUUACCUAGUGGUCAUCCAUUGCGAGAUGUACAGGAUCAUUUACAAAGCCUUUCUAGUCCACAUGUGAUUGAUACAUGCAUCCGAUUUUUGGCACCUCUAAAGCAGUCAGAAGAUGAAGAAUGGCGUGUAAAACUUAUUUCUCAGCUUAUUGCCGAAGGUGGAGAACAUGCUGUGACAGCCGUGCAAAUUAUUCCUUUGCUGCUGACGGCUUUUGAAUCAUCGAAAGCAGAGGAAAUUGUGCUCCAGCUUCUAGUACCAGCACGCAAUCAGGCAUCAUUACAUGUCCACCUUCUUGGGGCUGUACCAGAUAUUCUUUGUGCCCUUACGGAACGUUGUAUUAUUAAGAGGAAAUUAACUGGGAAUCAACUGGACUUGCAACUUGUGUGUACUGACUGCCAGUCAAAAGAUGGGCCUCAGGUGCAACUGUCUUUGAACAGUGAUACCAUGGAAUUUCUGGCAGGAUUAACAACAUUGGCAGUGGAAUCAAGUACAUCGCCUAUGAAACGUGCUGCUGCUAUGUUUUUACCAUCGCUUGCAAGACAUUUUCCAGUGGCAUUUUCUCAUCCAAAAGGCCUUCCUUUCAGUCAGUGGCUUACCAUGCUGUCCGAUCCAGAUAGCAGUGUGCGCUCAGCAUUUUCGAAGCAUGUUCACCAUUUAAUAAUUGGCCAGCGUAAGGAGUGUCAGCAAGAGCUCCUGUCUGAGCUUUCCCAGCAUAUCAUGGCUGCAGUACGGAAAGCUCUUCACACAAAAAACAAGCCUUUACAGGAGUCACUUAUCUUCACUCUGAAGACACUUGGAUGUAAUGUGCGCAUAGAAGGAAUACUGCUGCAUACUGCUGCUGCCCUUGUAGCUUUGGCUUUACACGUAAAUGCAAGUUGUACAAGUGUUUCCAGGCUGUGUUUAAAUGCCAUAGUCAAAGCUCAUGGCAUAUCUCUUCAAAUGUUAUUUACAAGAUAUCGACUUCAGCUGGGCUGUGUCAUAGUAAUGUUUGCUGUACAGAGCCAUUCCAAAUCUAAGCGUAAUUUUGUGGCAACGCUACAAGUAGCAAGCAAGCUAUUUGGAUUUGAGUCUGCUCGCACGCUAUUACUACAAGAAGGCCAUCGACUGCUUCCUUUCCUCUUUUCAGAAGUGUCGGUUCUGGGAGAAUCCACAUUGAUGUUACUACUUGAACAAGUGGCAGAGCAGAUCGAUAAUACAGGUGGAAAACUCAUUCUGCAAGAGUUCCAGUACAUAUACCCAUACAUCAUUGUGAAUGAGAGUGAGGAAGUCAUUAGCUCCUCUGUGGCAGUAAUUGAGAAGAUAACUGGGCAGCCAGUACGCAAUUUGGUUUUCAGUUCCUUCAAGGUUAUACAUAAUUUGUUGAUACUAGAAUAUGCAAGCAAUCAGAAGAAAGUUCUUGACUCACUUCGAUAUUUGGCUAUGAUGGAUCCUGUGUACAAAGGUGGUUCGAAGGAUAUGCCUCUUGAAAGUAUUGCAGAUUUCUUACAGCCUCGUUUUCUUGGGGUACUCAUUUACUUGGACAAUAGUUUGGCAGCAGAACAUGUUUCUGAUACAGAAAAAAAGAAAGCACUGCAGUCUUUACCCAUGCUUAUUAGACUAAUGGGAACAAAGUAUAUUACAUUAGCUCGCUUCAAAGUGCUUACAAGCCUGCGAAUUGCCCUGAGGCUUAAUUAUAGCAAUUUCCCGGAGCUGACUGUUGCAGCGUGGGAUGCAUAUGUUCAUUGUUUGGAUGCUGCUGCCUUAGGAGCACUUUUGAGCACUGUUUUCAUCUCUCUUCUGCCACUUCUGGACACUUUACCACAAGAAGUACUUACCAUUUUCCGGUAUCUCAUAAUAGAAAGACAGGAUGAUUUGUGGCAGAGCUUUAGAGAUUUAUAUUUUGUGCCUGACAGACAAGAUCUGAAAUUUGUCCAUGAAGCAGUGAAGAAGUUUUCUAAUAGGAACAGAUCUGAUGAUUUUACUGUGAUGCUUCGUGAACGAGUAGCUUAUGCCAGCCAUGAAAUAAUAGAUGUAAGGCUUGAAGGGCUGAGGAAUUUGAAAUCAUUUAUACACCAAAGUAGAACAAAUGUAAAUGAAGCAGUUGUUGCAAAAGAGAAAGUUGAUCGCAGUAUCAUUGAGUUGGUGAGAGUGUUAAUGGAAUCGUGUCAUGAUCAUGAUGAAGCUGUACGCUUAGCUGCUGGAAGGUGUCUUGGAGAGUUAGGUGCAAUUGAUCCUGGCAUAAUGCCCACUCGGGAACGUUUGCAACAUACUGGUUCAGGAUACACUUUCUCACUUGAUGUUGAGGAUGAAAGCUUUGCUGUAGCAGCAAUAACUGAAUUGGCGAAAGGCUUCCAAAAAUCAAAAGUUACUCAAAAUGUAGAUGCCUUCUCAUAUUCUAUACAGGAGUUACUAAAAAUUUAUCAGAUAACAGAAAAUUCACCAUUAUGGAACAAAUUUUCGGGGAAUGUUCAGGACAUUAUGAGACCACUUCUGAAAUCUACAUACAAGUCUGUGUUGAAACGUCCAGAAGACUUCCCAUGCCCUAUAUAUGGGUCAAAGUAUGGGAGAAACCUUCACACUUGGUUGUAUUGCUGGGCCUUCAAAAUGAUUAGCUUUGUGACAGAGAGGAAGUGUAGAAAGAUUUUUGAUGCUUGUGCACUGAUUGUGAAGAGAGACUUGACAACUGCACUUUACUUGCUCCCUUACAUUUUGCUGCAUGCUCUUAUUGCAUGUAACACUGUGCAGCGUGAAACAAUCCUAUAUGAAGUGCGAACACUAGUUCAGAACACUCUACCACAAACUAUGUCAGAUGAAGUGGAACACAGAACUAUCUUGCUGCAUCCUCGUCGACGUCCAGGAAUGCACAAUCAAGGACCUCGCGAACAAGAGCACAUACGUGCCUGCCGUGUUAUGUAUUCAUUGUUAGAUUUUUUAGCUCAUUGGCUUCGUGAAUGGAAAGCUGCCCAUAGUGCCAAUUCUGAUGAUCAUGCGUACCAGAAAGUUUCAAGUUUCUUGGAAGAAAUUCCAAAACUGUCUAUUUCGAAAGGAAACUUCUUCUGCAGGGAAUAUGCUUGUGCACUGAAAUAUCUGGAAUCGCAUGUAAAGAACCAACCAAAUGAUCUACAAGCCAAUUUGUCCUACUUGGAAGAAAUAUAUGUAAAUCUUAAUGAUCUGGAUGGUGUUGCUGGCACAUUAGCAAUCCAAGGCAAAGAGCCUUCUUUAUACCAAACAUUACGUGCACAUGAAGUAAUGGGUCGUCUUCAGGAAGCAUCUGCAUGUUACGAAAAAAUGGCACAAGAAUUCCACAUAGAUGCCCAUAAUAUACAAGGAAUUUUAAAAUGUUAUUUACGGCUUGACCAACCAUUUAUUGCCAUGAAAAUUACAGAAGGUGUUACAGCAAUAAGGCCGGAAUUAGAGCAAGAUAUUCUCUCAGAAAAAGCAGAAGCUCUUUGGCGGCUGGGCCAGUAUGAUCACUUGGAAAAAUUUGUCAGUCGCCCUGAUGUUGCUCCUGUGCAACAUUGGGGAGUACAGGUUGGAAAGGCCAUUUCAUUGAUGCGCCUUCCUGAUUCUGGUGGUGCUCUGACUGCUUGUCUCUGUGAUAUUCAGCGCUUGGUUCUCGAUUCCAUUUGUGAAACAGUGUACAAGCAUGGAGCGUAUCGCCAUGCUUAUAACAAAGUUGUUGAGUUACAUAUUGCACAUGAGAUGGAACAGAUAUCUACACUACUUCAUUAUCUUUUGUCAGGCGAAAGCAAUCUCACUUCUGGAAUUAAGAAAGCACGACAGCUUUUCGCAAAUUGGGAUGCACGAUUUAAAGUAGUCCAGCGGUCAUUCCAUGUUGCUGAAUGUGUUCUCCGUUUUCGUAGAACAUUGCUGGGAUUGUUGCGUGAUGCUGUGGCUCCUAGUUUUUCACAGCUUUCAGAACUAUUCGACCGUGAAAUUGGAACGAGUUGGCUGCAAAGUGCAAGGGCUGCUCGCAAGGGUAACCAUCAUCAGCAGGCAUACACUUAUCUCUUGAGUGCUGAAAAGUAUAAACUUCCACAACUGUUGCUUGAGAAAGUAAAACUGCACUGGAUAAAAGGCGAUCAUGAAUCAGCGUUUCAUGCACUGAAAUGUGUUGUGUCUGAAGAUUUUCCUGAGGAAAAAGAAGAGGAAGAUGAAGAAAUGACUUCACGGAGAAUACUGUAUGCCAAGGCACUACUUCUUUAUGCUCGCUACAAUGAUGAUAUGCUGAAAGUAGAUACUGAGCAGUCAGUCCGUAACUACAAUCGUGCUCUGAGCAUGUACGCUUGCUGGGAGAAAGGUUAUGUAAGUCUUGCUCGGUUCUAUGAUCGUGUUUUGCAGAAUUUCAGUGAAGCUGAACGUGAUACAAAAGGAGGAGAUGUUCAGUUGGCAAUUGUGAACUGUUAUGGAAGCUCUUUAAAAUACGGCUGUAAAUAUAUUUAUCAGUCUAUGCCACGGAUGUUGACACUGUGGCUUGAUUACGGUUCCAACCAAACUGCUGCUGGUCGCAGUAAUGCUGGAAUGGCUGCAAAAAUGACGGAGCUAAUAGUGAAAGUAACAUCAGCUCUACCCCCUUACAUGCUGAUGACUGCACUGUCACAGCUUAUAUCAAGAGUGUGUCAUCAGAAUAGCAUGGUGGUGAAACAGCUGAAGACUAUAAUUAUCAGAGUGCUCAUCGCAUAUCCACAUUAUGUUCUUUGGAUGUUGAUGGCACCAUUAAAGUCCAAUUACAACGUUCGAGCCAAACGGUGUCAUGAAAUCCUGCAUGAUGAGAGCGUCAUCCACGCUGGUCUCUCAAAACUCGUCAGUGACUACAUUGCACUAACAGAUAUGCUUAUUGACCUCACAAACAAACCUGUUUCUGAUGCAUCAACGACUACAGUAACAGAUCUCGUACCACAGCUCAACCAGCUUCUCAGAUCACCAAAUUUCAGCAGAAUCAUAGUCCCUACACAGAAGUAUUUGAGUUUUGUGCUUCCUUCAAAUGGUUCAAAGGAACACAACCCAUUUCCAGAAGCUGGUGUUCAUAUUUCCCACCUUCUUGAGAAAGUGACAAUUCUACAGUCGAUGCAAAAACCAAGGUGUAUUACUCUGGUUGGCUCUGAUGGAGAAAACUAUAUGAUGUUGUGCAAACCAAAAGAUGAUCUACGCAAAGAUUUUCGCUUGAUGGAGUUUAAUGGCAUAGUUAAUAAAUACUUAAAAAAGGACCCAGAUUCGAGGCAGCGUGCUCUACGUGUUCGCACCUAUGCUGUAGUACCACUAAACGAAGAAUGUGGCAUUAUUGAAUGGGUGCCAGAUCUUGUGGGUUUGAGGCCCAUGCUGUCUGGUCUUUACAAGAGGAUGGGAAUUAGCCCACCUCAACGAAUUCUUAAAGAACUUCUUACAUGUAAAGUGGACCAAGUGGCAAAGAAGAGAUUAAUAUUUGACAAGUUACUGAAGAUGCAUCCACCAAUUUUGAGUGAAUGGUUCCUUCAAACUUUUCCAGAUCCAUCCAGUUGGUACCAGGCAAGAACAACAUAUGUCCGUACUUGCGCAGUAAUGUCAAUGGUGGGAUACAUUUUAGGUCUAGGAGAUCGGCAUGGAGAAAAUGUUUUAUUGGACUGUAGCAGUGGUGGAGUUGUCCAUGUAGAUUUCAACUGCCUUUUCAACAAGGGUGAGAAUUUCGACUGUCCAGAGGUAGUACCAUUUCGUUUGACACACAACAUGGUUUCAGCUAUGGGUCCGUUAGGAGUGGAAGGACCAUUUCGACGUGCCUGUGAGAUCACACUGCGCUUACUACGCACAAAAAGUGACACUCUAAUGUGUGUUUUGAGGCCUUUUGUGUAUGAUCCAAUUAUUUCAUGGAAGAACAAGAGUUCAGUGAAGAAAAAUGAGGAAAUGACAAAUGAAAGGGCUGUGCAAAAUCUUGCAAGAAUAGAGCAACGUUUGAAAGGGGUGUUGCGGUCUGUGAGCAAACCGUACUCAUUCCCACUAUCUGUAGAAGGACAAGCCAAUAGUCUCAUUAUGGAAGCAACCAGUAUUGAUAAUCUCUGUCGAAUGUACAUUGGCUGGGGGCCAUACCUGUAAAAGGGAAACAGUUCAAGUCCAAGUGAAGGGAGAACAUUCCUCUUGUAUUCUUAAUAAACAUUACUCUGCUGUGAUAAUUUAAAUUAUUUUGUAUUGUAUGUACUCUAUUUGCUUAUGUAUUAAAGUUUCACAUUGAGAAUUUUGUACAGAGCAACA